AUGCUCGACGGCAUCAAGGCCGAGCAGAGCUCGAGGAUAUCCCGGCUGAGGCUGCCGGAUCCCAUGAGGCAGGCCGAUGUCCACCCCGACGUCGGGCACAUCACCGACCGACACGAGCGGGAGAUCGCCAUCCUGCGCAUCCUCGACUCCAUCGGCUUCAACUGGCCCGUCUUCUGCGCCGUCGCCAUCGGCUUCCUGGCGUCCUCGUACAGCCUCUUCGCCACCAACUUCGUCACGCCGGCCCUGCUCUACGUCUACCCGCCCGAGGGCUUCACCCACGUAGACGUCGGCGAGAUGCUGGACCUGACCACGUUGAGCGCCACCCUGUUCGGCAUGGUUGUCUUCGGCCACUUCGCCGACCGGGGCGGGCGCAAGAGGCUCUACGGCUGGGAGCUGAUCAUCUUGAUCCUGGCCACGGUCGGCUUGGUCUUGUCCUCCCAGGGGUUCAUGCAGACGAGUGUGGAUGUGGAAGGCGUCCCGAAGUCUUCGAUGAGCAUCUACGCGUCCAUCAUUUUCUUCCGCUGUAUGCUGGGAUUCGGUAUCGGAGCAGAGUACCCCGUUUCGGCUGUGAUAGCAGCCGAAUUCGCGUCCACGGAUACGCGAGCCGUCAUGAUGGCUGCCAUAUUCCUCAUGCAGAGUAUUGGCCGCUUGAUGGCCGUCGGCAUAGGUCUCGGCUCCCUGCUAAGACUCAUGAACCGCUACGACCUCGACAUGGACGACCCAAAUGUAGGGACGGCUGAAGCCAAGGCCAAAAUAGUCAUCGACAUAGUCUGGCGGAUCGUGAUCGGUAUAGGCGGUAUUAUAGCGCUUAUUGCGGUCGGCCUUCGACUUAUCAUACCUGAGUCUCCUAGAUACUUCUCCGGCAUCCAGAAGGAUCUAAGAAAGGCUGCUCUUGCGGUUCAGCAGGUCGGAGGAAAAUUGGAAGAUGACCAACGAUCCGAAAUAUCCGUAUCUUCGGGUGUGCGCCACCGUUUCCACAAAGACCAGGAUCCGACGCCGUGGUUCAAGGCCGCGCGCAAGUAUCUGGUGAGGGAAGGUGGGUGGAAGCCCCUGGUGGGAAUGUCCACGAUAUGGCUGUUGCUAGAUGUGUGUUUUUAUGGGACCAGCCUGGACAGCCCGAGGACGCUGAACACACUGUGGCUGGACAAACCUGCGUCCGACGCAACGCUGAGCAUCUGGAACGCCGACCAAGGCUCGCCCAACGCCACCAUCCAGCGGACCCUGGACAAUAACGCUGUGCGAACGCUCAUACUAUCUUCUAUAUCCUCACUCGUCGGAAGCAUCGUCGCCAUCCCAGUAGUCCACUAUGCAAACCGCAAGAGGCUGCUCAUAGGGACCUCCCUGAGCCUCACGCUCCUCUUCAUCGCCACCGGCGCCAGCGUCGUCAGGACGUACGCGACGCCCGACCACGAGGUCAGCAUGGUGUUCUUCGCACUCGCCCAGUUCAUGUUCAACGUCGGGCCCAACACCCUGACCUUCAUCAUGGCGGCCGAGAUAUUCCCCACCGUCUUCCGGGGCACCUUCUACGGCAUCUCGGCCGCGGCUGGUAAGCUCGGCGCCAUAAUAAUCAGGGCCAUUGUGGCGGGUGCGGGCGACGGGAACAAGCAGCUCGUUGCCUACCUGUUUGUGUUCAGCGUCAUCAUGCUGAUCCUGGCUGUCAUUGCUGUCCUGCCUGGGGCGCUCCCUGAGGUUCAGAGGGAUACCAAGAAGCCACUCAACCAAGCUGCGUUAUCCAGGAUAUCUCUAGAGGCGGCUGACGACGAUUCGAACCACUCGGCCCCGGAGAAUUGGUGGGACAAGACCCUGCCAAGGCGGUGGAGGAGCCUGGCACUCGAGGACAUUGCGCGUUAUCCCCUGCCACAAGACGAGCUUGCGCUUCGGCGCGACGACACCUCCGAACACGAGGAUGAGUAUCCUGUGUCGAGCGGGCCUGUUGUCGGGAGCGGGACCCACGCGCCAGAUUUCUCAUCAUUCCCGUCUGACUUUACGAAUGCGGCUGUGGCGCGGGCAGAUGUUGAGGAUGGCACGAGGAAGUUUGAGGAUGAGGUCACGCAGAGGUUCUCUUCCCCUGUCCCACGCGAGGCUAGCCCGUCGAGGAAGCAAGGUGUUUAG